AUGCACUUCCCAGCCCUCGCGACCUGGCUCCCCACCGCCCUAUCCAUAUCCCUCGUCACCGCCACAACCCCCCCUCCACCCUCACCCCCACCCCCAGCCCCGGCCCUCUCCUUCCUCUACACCGCCUACGUCGAAUGCACCGCAACCCUCAUGCUCUCCCCGGGACCCCACGGCACCCGCAAGGCCAUCCCCAUCGUGGGCGGCAAUUUCACCGGCCCACGACUAUCAGGCAAAAUCCUCGAUGUCGGCGCCGACUGGGGCCUCGUCGACCCCGCCACGGGCAUCUUCUCCGCCGACACGCGGUACAACCUCCGCACCGACGACGGGGCGGACAUCUUCAUCCAGACGUCCGGGCCCAAGGCGCCGAGCGGGCAGUUGCAUCUGCGCUUGGUGUUUGAGACGGGCAGUCGGCGGUAUUAUUGGUUGAAUAAUGUUGUGGCGAUCGGGGUGCUUACGCAUGCGGCGGAUGUCAAUUCGACGUCGAUCUUGAGGAUUGAUGCUUGGAAUAUGGCUUCCGAUUGGAAUUCGACGACGUUCUUGGAUGCUUAGAGCUUGGUUGGGGGCUCAUGGGUUGGGAUCUAAGUCGGAGUGCGUACAACUCCUGAAUAGUAUUAAAAGGUGGAGAAGAAACGCGUGAUCAAGGUUGCUUAUCGAGAUGGAGAAUGCAGGAUGAUGCUUUAGCCCUCCAUGCUGGCAUUGUAUAUAGCAACCCGACAUAAUAACAGAC